AUGGACCACAGACUACGCUGCAAUGUCCUUAAAUGUCGGAAGGAACUUGGAGAUCGAGCAUUGGUGACUACUUGUAGUCAUAUUUUCUGUAUCGAUUGCGCUUCUCGUCUGGGCCUAACAGGACAGAGGCACGAGCAUCGCAACUCCUGUCCAGCCUGUGGAGCUCAAUUAACAAACCCCGACGAUGCCGUCAUUUCGAAUCUGGAUCCAAGUGAGGAUUAUAAAACCAGUGUUCUCAGUGGUUUAAACCCUAAUAUUAUUAUUGAAUGCGCAAAUAGGGGUCUUAGCUUCUGGGCAUAUCAGGUUACACAAGAAGUCGUUUACCAAGAAUAUCUUGGAAAAACACUCACAGAAAAAUACUCAGAUCUUAGUGUUCAUCUGGAUAGUACAAAGGCGGACCAAGACAGCCUGCGCAGAAAAUACGACGAGCUAAGUCAAGCAUACAAAGAAAAAAACCGAAAACUCCUCCAAGUUCAAGAGUUAUACGACAAAUUGAAGCGAAAAGCCAUGCUUGGACAGUUACAAGACGCGGCCGAAGAUGCGGUUGACUCGACACUUCAUGGUGCACAGUUCGAGACAGGAAUACAAGCUUCUGUUGACUACGGCGACCAUGAGGCAAUUUAUCAGCAACAACAGCACUCAUUACUCCAAGAACAACAGAGGAUGCCGAUGGGACAAAAACAUCAAUCAGCGACGCAGGAUUAUGGUACCUCCUGGCCUAGGACUAUAGGUGCUCAAUCAAAUGUCCCAAUUACCCCUUCCAGCCAUCGCCAGCGACUCGGGGAUCCGACAACUACGGGUUUAUCGACUAUUCCUGGUCUUGUCGCGGGGACUCCUAGAGUACAGCACACUAGCAUAGUAACGCGAGUGCCGCAAAGUGAAGGGCUUGCAAAUGUUUCUCAAUUUGCUCAACGACCCACACCAGUAUCUUCAACCUUUAGUCGAAGACCGGCGGGUGGGCAACCGGAAACUAUGAUCAACGGGGUUCGGGGUGGUUUUACGAAUCUCUGA